AUGCCUCCUUUUGAAUCCACUAUCAAAAAAUCAUCUCAAAAGAAUUUAUUCUCGGCAAUUACUUCUUCACAAUUUUGUGCUUUGCCCAAAUCAAUCGAACUUGACUCUGAUUGCUGGCAGCGCAUUCUUUCCUACAAUGAUGAUGAUUCCUACCUACCGAUCGCAUUGACACAUCCAGUUCUUCGACAUGAAAUCCUCAAAUUGAAUAAAGGUCGCAAAUGCACUCUUUCCUGUGCCGAUGCUUCAUACAACGGUGAUCUCUGUAAGCUGCAGCUAGCUCAUCACCUUGGAUGUCCACUCGACAAUUUGGCGAACAUGGCCGCUAUGCAAGGAAAUUUAGAUUGUCUACACUAUGCGUGUGAAAAAGGAUGUUCUAUGGAGCAUGAUGCUGGAGUAGCCGCAAUGGCUGCUUUAGGCGGACAUGUCAAAUGUCUACGAUACUUGUGGGAAAAUGCUGAAUGUCCAUUUGAUGUCUCUGUCUACGAACACGGAAUGAUUGGUGGAAACGAAGAAGUCAUUGAGGUUUUGAAAACAUACGAUUGUCCAUAG